AAGGCUAUCUGCCGCGGUCGGAUCUUUGAAUUAAAAAAUAUAUAUUAUUAUAGGCCUAUACGGUAUUUAUAUUACAUUUUGCACAAUGCGAUGAUAACGUCACGCAGGCAUUGAUAUUUAGGUUUGAAGAUAAUAAAAAAAAGACGAUGCCUGGUGAAGCGCGGUUCCAUCAGUGCGCCUCUAUUGCAGGUCAUCUGAAAACAACAAUAGAUAUAUCAUGUCGUGUUUGAGCGUCGCAUGCAGCGCUGUUAUUGUCCUGUUCGGAGCGGUUUGCAGCGUUUUCAUAUUCUGUGAGUAUCUGAUUUAUUACGCCGCGAUAUUACAGUGUGGUUGGCCUGGGAUCGACCAUGGUGCCCCGGCGAGUGAGAGGAGCGCAGACGGCCAACCAGAGCCGGAGGUUCUCCGCGCUAUGGUGCUGUCAGACACGCAUCUCCUCGGCGCUGUCGGAGGGCACUGGUUCGACAAACUGCGAAGGGAAUGGCAGAUGGAACGAGCUUUCCAGACCGCCCUGGCUCUGCUCCGACCUGAGGUCGUCUUUAUUCUGGGGGAUGUGUUCGAUGAGGGGAAAUGGAGCUCUCCGAAGAACUGGGAGGAUGAUGUCUGUCGCUUCCAGAAGAUGUUUAGACAUCCCAGUGACACAGAGCUGGUAGUUCUGGUUGGAAACCACGACAUCGGCUUCCACUACGAAAUGGACUGGUUCAAGUUACAGCGCUUUGAGAAGGCCUUCAAUACCACCUCCACCAGAAUGGUCACCAAGAAAGGAGUGAACUUCCUAUUGGUUAACAGCGUGGCGUUGCAUGGUGACGGUUGUCCUAUCUGCCAAUCAGUGGAGAAACAGCUUCACACACUGUCCAGGGACCUCAACUGUUCACUACUACAGAAUUCUGAGUCCAGCAUUAUAAGAGAAUACUGCCAAGACGCGUGGACCUAUCCUUCUACAACACCUAUCAUCCUGCAGCAUUACCCUCUGUACCGGGUGAGUGAUGCGGGCUGUACGGGUCGGGAUGCUGCUCCUCCUGAAGAGCGCCACCUGCUGUUCAGAGAGAAGUAUGACGUGCUGUCUCAGGAGGCCUCUCACAGGCUGCUGCAGUGGUUUAAGCCUCGCCUGGUUCUCAGUGGCCACACCCACAGUGGUUGUCAGGUUCUCCAUGACAACAAGUACCCAGAGAUCAGUGUUCCGUCCUUCAACUGGAGGAACCGCAACAACCCCAGUUUCAUACUGGGUUCGUUCUCCUCCAGUGGUUACGGCCUGUCUAAGUGUUUCCUUCCAGAGGAGAGUACAGUGAUAGCCCUCUACUGUUCUACAGGAGCCAGCCUCCUCUUCCUCCUCCCUCUGGUUCACUGCCUGUGGAUGCGAGGCCUUUUCCGGUGCCUCAUCCUCUGUCCAAUCAGCAAACACAAGUUUCUCUGACGGUCUCAGGUAGAGGUUGUCCCUGACUGCUGAAUGAUACAGGGUGAGAUAUGGGCUACAUCCCAUCUCAAAUGGCACCCUAUUCCCUAUUAAGUGCACUACUUUUAACCAGGUUAGCCCAUAGGUGCUCUGGUAAGAAGUAGUGUACUACGUAGGGAAUAGGGCGCAACUUGGGACGUAGCCACGCUGUCCUCCCCCUAAAGCAGGGGUGGCUGGUGCUCCUGCCCUGGGAGGCUGCCGUGGGUUUGCAGGGUUGUGCUCCACCAGGUCAUGUGAACACAGGACCAAGUCUUGCUGGUUUGCUGACAGGUUUGUUAGAGUAGGGCUGAAACAAAAGCCUGCACACCCAGUAGCCUUCCAAAAGGAAAAUUGGUCAUCCUAUUGGGAGGUAAAGUAAUCUGACUCUAGACCUGUAGUUAAGGACAGCCUCUACCUGGAGAGAACCUGUGUGACCCCCUCCCCUCCACAGAGAACCUGUGUGACCCCCCCUCCCCCCACAGAGAACCUGUGUGACCC